UGAGAUGAUGACAGGAGUCUGUCAUGUGUGCAGAAAACUUCCUGCGCCGCAGCUCCUCCUCAGCCUGCCUGUUAUUGUUUACUGUCGCACUCAUGAAAAGUAGGUCAUGGAAAACAGAAGCCCGGCGCGCUGUCUUGUCUGAACUAGCUUGUAAUACGAGACACUCAAGGGACGACGUCUUUGCGGGUUUAGCGGUUUUUAUGUAGAAACUGAAUGUGACCAACAAUCAGCAGCUGGACUGAUGCCGUUCUUCCAACAUCUGGACUAAACCUCAGCAGACUGGCAGGUUCUUCCUACAGUGAGACUUUGCUGCCAUGUCCAGGAGAAGCAGGAACAGUCGUGCAUGGAGAUAUGUGUGGGGAGGCAUACGGAGGGAUGCUGAUGCCCGGGCCCUUGUGUUGGCUUCUGAGAGUGAAGAAUGGAACUAUGAUCGCCUUGAGUACGCAAGUGAUUCAGACUCUGAGGGAGACUUUUCAGCAGUGAUGGUCCCACCGGUCCCCAGCGCAGUACCCGUCACCGGAGAGUCCUACUGUGGUUGUGAUUCCCAGGCAGAGACCAGCUACAACCCUCGUCUGCGAGGCUUUCUCCAGGUUAAAGACUGCCACUGUGGAGAGGACGACCAAGAUUUUGAUUGGGUUUGGGAUGCCAACAGCCGAUCAACGGCAACUUUACUGAGCUGCGAAAAUCGCAAAGUGAACUUCCACUCUGAAUACAGCUGUGGUACAGCUGCAAUCCGCGGCUCCAAGGAGCUUGCAGAUGGGCAGCACUUCUGGGAAAUUAAGAUGACGUCCCCAGUGUAUGGAACAGACAUGAUGGUUGGUAUCGGUACAUCUGAUGUCAAUCUGGACAAAUACAGACAUACCUUCUGCAGCCUGUUGGGGAAAGAUGCAGACAGCUGGGGGCUUUCUUACACUGGCUUGUUGCAUCAUAAAGGAGACAAAAUGAACUUCUCCUCACGUUUUGGUCAAGGUUCCAUCAUUGGAGUUCAUCUGGACACGUGGCACGGCACACUUACAUUCUUCAAAAAUCGAAAGUGCAUAGGAGUUGCUGCUACAGAGCUGCAGAAUAAGAGGCUUUAUCCAAUGGCGUGCUCCACAGCAGCGAAGAGCAGCAUGAAGGUCAUCAGAUCCUGCUCUGCACCCACCUCCCUGCUGUACCUGUGCUGUGCUCGUCUUCGCCAGCUGGUGCCAGACUGUAUAGACAUCCUAGAUGUGUUGCCCCUACCACCUGGCCUGCGUCAUUUGCUCCACAACAAACUGGGUUGGGUGCUCAGUCUUAACUGCGGCACAAUGGAAGAAACCCCAGAUGGGGCUGAGCAGUCCUCACGUUUGCCUGUCCCCGCCUUGGCAGGACCGUCCUCCUCUGAGAGCGACUCAGAGGGUUGUUCGUCCGAUCCGGAGGCCUGUCAGAGGAAGAGAUGCCGCUGGACAUGACUGGGCGACUCGCAUCCUACCUCCCCUUAAACACUGGCAGACAUUAGUCUCCUUUGGCAUCUGAUGUAGUGUUACUGAACUGCCUCAAGCUUUCUUUAUUAGUGUCGUCUGGAGAAAGUAACGAGGGCGGUCGAGCGGAGGGAACUAAACGUCGGUGGAAAACUGUGAUCUUCUCUUAUGCCAUUCUUCAUGCUCAUCACAUGUCGAGUAUCAAAGCCAGCUUCAGUAAAAGGUGAAAAUAUACCAUGUUAUUUUGUUAUGGGUGGACGUGGUGGUCAUCAAAAUGGGGAGGGUUAAAAAAACAGAUACUGUAUAGAAAUUUUCUGUAUUUUCAUCCCGUAUCCUGCAUUUAAUGUCUGUUUUUCUCACUUUAAAUGUUGUCAGUGAGUUAUCAGAGGACUUUGUUACUUGUUUCAAUGGCAUCUGCAAGUUUCUCCUAUGUUGCUCAGAAUCAGCUGAUAUUCUAUAUUUUGUAACUACUGUUCGCUCCUUAAAUGCUAAAAGUUAACAGUAAAUGAACCUGAGUGCACUUUGCAGCUUUUAGCCUUAAAAAAAAAAGCGAUAACGUUUGAGCAAGGCAUGCACCUCUCACGACACAUCAGAUAAUCGUCAUUUCUUGAAAAAUAUAUGUUAUAUGUUACAUUCACGGAGACAUCAUCCAUCUAGCUUCCAGCUUUUUUUUCCUUCUAAAAAGCUGUGUGCAUUAUUUAGUGUAGCCUUUUAAUGCUGAUAUUUUAACAUUUUCAUUGCUGUUACUUUUUAUGUUUUAAAAGUCAAAGUUUCUUUCUUUCUAGAUCUAUCAUCAAGCUAUUAUUUUGGUAUGUCUGUUUAUUCAGCUCUAUUUUUUAAAAAAAAA